AUGACGCCCCUGCUCACCCUGUUCUUGGUGGCCCUGGUGGGCCUUCCUGUGGCCCAGGCUCUGGACUGCCAUGUGUGCGCCUACAAUGGGGAGAACUGCUUCAACCCCAUGCGCUGCCCGGCCAUGGUCUCCUACUGCAUGACAACGCGCACUUACUACACCCCGACCAGGAUGAAGGUGAGCAAGUCCUGUGUGCCCAGUUGCUUUGAGACCGUGUACGACGGCUACUCCAAGCACGCAUCCACUACUUCCUGCUGCCAGUAUGACCUCUGUAACGGCGCUGGCCUCGCCACCCUCGCAACCCUGGCCCUGGCGCUUAUACCCUUGGCCACCCUCUGGGGUCUGCUCUAA